AUGCUUUUUGGAUCAAAAGAGCCUUCCAAGCCAAUUCCAUUUCCCUAUGAGUGCUCAACCAUAGAAUUUAAAAGUUACAGGCAUAGCUUUGGCGGUGUAGACUUUGUGUGCGUCAAGAGCUCCCCAGCCUCAUCAGAAGAGUCUGUCGUAAAGGGUGCCCCCAAAGCUCGUCUGCUUAUUUUGCAUGGGUUUGACGAGCACGCUUUAAUAUACAGCCGUCUAAUGGACCAUCUUGCUCAUUUUGGAAUCGAGUGUUUUGUGUUUGAGCAACGCGGGUCUGGUCAAACUUCUGUUGGCAAACUAAGAGGUGUAACUGACGAAUUCAACACUUUCAGAGAUCUGGAUCAUUUCAUCGAAUGGAACCUUCAGGAUAAGGAGAAAGCCACCUCUUUAUUUCUCUUCGGUCAUUCCAUGGGUGGAGGGAUUGUUUUGAACUACGGGUGCAACGGUAAAUACAAAGACAAGAUUUCCGGAAUAAUUUGCACGGGGCCGCUUGUCACUCUUCAUCCACAUACAGCACCGAGCGCUUUCCUCACUUUAGCUUCGCCACUGCUGGCCAAGUUUCUGCCUCGUUUCCGUAUUGACACAGGGCUCGACCUCGAGGCCACUACCUCAGACGAGAGAUAUCGUGAAUUUCUGAGUCACGACCCGCUGACGGUUCCCCUUUAUGGAUCCUUUCGGCAGAUAUACGAUUUUUUGGAGCGGGGGAAAAGAUUGGCACGCGAUAGAGCCCAUGUUGCUCAAUUUCGCGCUCCAGUGUUGAUUUUUCAUGGGGAAGACGACACAAUUAACGAUCCUAUAGGAUCCCAAAGUUUUUAUGACUUGUGCCCAGUGUCUGACAAACGCUUGCGAUUGUUCCCACAAGCCCGACACGCACUUUGCUUGGAAACUGAUGAGACUUUCGAGCAGUUGGUGGAAGAGUUACAAUCGUGGAUCAGCGAAAGGGUGACUACAGUCUGA